AUGUUGAUAUUUCAGCGAAGAAAUAAUCAUUUACAAUUUUCAGUGGCAGAUGAUGAUCUGGAUUAUUUAUUAGGUGUUACAACGCAGCCAAAAGUGAGCAAACCUUUGGUAGCAACAAAUAAAAAUGAGUCAUUACGUACGAGUAAAAAUCAGAACGUUGUUUCAAAUGUGAACAGUGAUGGUUGGGAUGACGAUGCGACCGGUGGUUGGGACGAUUUUGGAAGUGAUGCGAAAAGUUGGUUUUUUACCGUACGGAAAGAUGGUGUCAAGUAG